AUGGCUAUGAACUUUGUGACGUUCAAUCAGGACUACAGCCAUUUGGCUGUAGGCACAUCGAGAGGUUUUCGCAUCUUCACCACCGAACCAUUUGCAAAGUCCUUCGAAUCCCGAGAUGCCGGCAACGUUGCUAUCCUCGAAAUGCUUUUCUCUACCUCUCUGGUGGCCCUCAUCCUGUCUCCGAGAAGGCUCCAGAUCAAAAACACGAAACGAGACCUGAUAAUAUGCGAGCUCACCUUUCCCAACGCCGUCCUCGCCGUACGCUUGAAUAGAAAGAGGCUGGUGAUUGUGCUGGAAGAUCAAAUCUACCUUUAUGAUAUCCAGACUAUGAAACUGCUGUACACGAUUGAGACCUCGCCAAACCCUGCAGCUAUAUGUGCCCUUUCUCCUUCCCAAGACAACUGCUACCUGGCAUACCCUCUGCCUCAAAAAGCGGUGGCAUCGUCCUUUGCUCCACCUUCACACGCUCCACCCAACAGCACACACGUUCCUCCAACCACCGGAGAGGUUCUGCUGUUCGAUGCCGUCAAGCUAGAAGCCAUCAACGUCGUGGAAGCUCACCGGUCUCCACUUUCUUGUGUCAUCUUCAACAACGAAGGAACUCUGAUGGCUACAGCGUCGGACAAGGGCACUAUUAUCCGAGUCUUUUCGGUUCCAGAUGCACACAAACUCUACCAAUUUAGAAGGGGAUCCAUGCCUUCCAGGAUCUACAGCAUGGCCUUUAACAUAACCUCGACCUUGCUGUGCGUGUCCUCGGCCACGGAGACUGUCCACAUUUUCAAACUGGGUCCACAACACACCCGGGCAACGGAAGAAGGAGAGGAACCUGCUUCACCCAGUAAAAUGAGCAGUACCGCAAGCCGGAGAUUGAGUCAAGGUAGUGACACUCUCGUGGACCAACCGGUCGACGAGGAGGAUGGUGCGGAAUCCCCAACUGCAAUGGCCAAUCGCAAACCCAACGGAACCUUCAUGGGUCUCCUCCGAAGGACGUCGCAGCAUGUCGGAAUCAAUCUGGCCUCUACAGUAGGAGGAUACCUCCCGAAAGGAGUCGCUGAGAUGUGGGAGCCGUCAAGAGACUUUGCGUGGAUACGACUGCCGCGAUCCAGCUCGGGUGCUCCACCGAGUCAGUUACGCAGCGUGGUGGCCAUGAGUGCCAACUCGCCCCAGGUCAUGGUUGUAACGAGCGAGGGGAAUUUCUAUGUGUUUACCAUUGACCUAGCAAAGGGAGGUGAAGGGACUUUGACGAAGCAAUACUCGUGA